AUCACGAGCCGGCUCUGGUCGAACGCUGAUGACGCCACAGAAGCAUGCGUGAGAUCGGAGGAUGUUGAGGCUUCUCUCCAGAGUCUGUACAUCUACACCAAAUCAGAGAAACUUAAAAGCUGCUGCUGUGCACCGCAGCGUCUGCUCUGCUCUAACAACCACAGCUUGUUCUGGUUUUGCUGUGAACCUCAUAAUGGAACCUAAACUGUACCGUCCCCCUCCGGAGGUCCGGGGAAUGACCUCUCUGGACAAAGAUGCCUUCACACAAACCAUCAGUGUCCCAGCUCUUCGUGUGCCCACCGGGGUCUUGAACAAAGUGGUAAAGAGCCUGAGAAAGGCGACCAUCCAGCGCCCAGGGGUGCCCAGAGUGGUGCAGGAUAAAGAGGAGAGUAGUGACUUUCGGUUAGUCCUGUUGGACCCCCACAGAGUGACCUCGCCGAGCUCCUUCAGUGCGGCUGAAGCCGAGGCUCUGAGGUCGUUCAGUGUCCCCGAGGACCUGCAGUACUAUGAGCUGCGGCUCACCUACCACAACCUGAAGAGUGAGGAAGUGCUGGAGGCCGUGCUGCCUCAGGGUCAGGACGUGACCUCUGGGUUCAGCCGGGUGGGACACAUCGCACACAUGAACCUGAGGGAACACCAGCUGCCAUAUAAAAACCUCAUAGGUCAGGUCAUCAUGGACAAAAACCCCGGUGUUACCUGCGUGGUCAAUAAGACCAACAUGAUCGACUCCACAUACCGCAACUUCAAGAUGGAGGUGCUGGCUGGAGAGGAAAACAUGGUCGCCAAAGUGAAGGAAAAUGGAGUGACGUAUGAGUUUGAUUUCUCCCGUGUGUACUGGAAUCCCCGGCUGAGCACGGAGCACCAGCGCGUGGUGCAGCUUGUCAAACGUGGUGACACUGUGUUUGACGUGUUUGCUGGUGUUGGACCCUUUGCCGUUCCGGCCGCCCGCUUGGGUGCCAACGUCUUAGCCAAUGAUCUGAACCCAGAGUCCCACCGAUGGCUGCAGCACAACUGCAAACUCAACAAGGUGGAGAAGAAAGUCCGAACCUUUAACCUGGACGGCAGAGCGUUCAUCCAGGGGCCAGUGAAGCAGGAGCUGCCUGCGCUGCUGACGGGAGACGCCAGCGUUCACGUGGUCAUGAACCUGCCGGCCUUGGCUCUGGAGUUUCUGGAUGCUUUCAGAGGCCUGUUGCACCAGGAGCUUUCCUGCGACGAGAAUCUACCCACAGUGCACUGCUACGGCUUCUCUAAAGACGACAACCCUGAGACGGAUGUGGUGGAGAGGGCGUCCCGCAGUGUCGGGUUCCCACUGAAGGACCGCUGCUCUGUGCAUUUUGUGCGUAACGUAGCGCCCAACAAAGACAUGAUGUGUGUGAGUUUCAGGCUCCCUAAAGAGGUCCUCUUCAGCGACGAUCAGGAACAGACAGAGCCGUCAGCAGAACCUGCUCCGAAGAGACAGAAGUGUGAAGAAGCCACAGAUUCGACGUAAUCACCUAUCGACCCGCCAC